AUGGAGCAAGAGGUCUUGGAGUCCGAACAGUUCUGGAAUGAACUCGAAGCGAUCGUCUCCAAGCCUGCCGACACUGAAGACCUUAUCGAUGAUGCUUUGAGAGCGUAUUUGGGCUUUACGACUCAGUACAAAGGUGCCAAGAUUUCCCUCUCCCGCCGCCUCUAUACACAUUGCCCAGUUCGGAUCGAUGAAUUUCUACAGUCGGAGUGGGAGAUCUCGCAAUGCUCGUACAAGCUCUUUUCAUCCAGCAUCUUCAGCGAAAAUUGCGACUAUGUUCGUCGACAGAUCACUUAUGGUCUCUUGCAGGAAGACGACCCGAAUACCCUUCACCUAAUUACGUCGUUCCUGCUCUUCGAUGGUCGGCAAAAUGAAGUGUCACUGCAGAUGAUGAACGAGGAGGGCGUCUUUGCGAGAUUGUUAGAGCUCAUUCAGGCACGAAGGAGGGAGGAUAUGGAUAGCGAGGCUGGCCUCCACCGACUGUUGAUGGAUUUGUUGUACGAGAUGUCGAGAGUUCAACGGGUGAGGAUCGAGGAUUUGGUUCUCGUGGAUGACGACUUCAUUCGAUGUCUUUUUGACAUUAUUGAGGACUUAUCAUAUGAUGUUACGGAUCCGUAUCAUUAUCCUGUCAUUCGGGUCUUGCUUGUUUUGAAUGAGCAAUUUAUGAUCUCGGCUCAUGACCCCGUGGAUGGUCCGUCUUCGUCAAGCAAGUUGACCAACAAGGUCAUCAAAGUCCUUUCUGUGUAUGGCGGAUUAUACAAGACUUUUGGUGAAAAUAUCAUUCUGCUGAUCAACCGCGAAGCCGAAACAUCUCUGCAGCUACUCACACUGAAGCUGCUUUACUUGAUAUUCACUACCCCCAGCACUUACGAAUAUUUUUUCACGAAUGAUCUCCAUGUGCUGGUAGAUAUUUUGAUCCGCAACUUGCUCGAUCUCCCUGAGGAGGCAGCUGCACUGCGACAUACUUAUUUGCGCGUAUUAUACCCCCUUCUAGCACAUACACAGCUAAGGCAACCACCACACUACAAGCGGGACGAGCUUCGGAAGGUGCUCAGCCUUCUAGUACGAGGCCAGGUUUCUUAUGGCAAUGAUACUGAGGAGGCGAAGAUCCUUCAUUUUGAGGAGGUUGACGAAACCACGCGGCGACUUGUCGCUCGAUGUGCGACGGUAGAUUGGCUACGCAAUAUCGAGCCUGACAUGAAUGUUGCGCAAGAAUCCCACACUCAACUCGCAGUGACUGCUAGUAUCGAUACAGUACUGGAGGAUACCGCUCAGCAGGAGUCCCCGAUUGAUAUCGGAGACCCACUUGACAUGACCCGGUCACUGUCUCGUACCAGCACUAUUCCCGACUCGCCAGGGCAAGCAUCGCCAACAAGAAUAGACUCGAGAGGCUCAUCCGAGGCCCCAGAAUCCCGCCGAAAGCUCAGCGCAAUUUCACGGUUGGGCAUGAACCUCGAGCCAGCUAGUUCUUCCUCCCUCAGCGUGCAAGCCGUAGCAGCCCUGCAUGAAAAACCAGGUAUCAUGACACCCAGCCGCAAAGACGCACCUGUCAUCAGACCCCCGAAGAUUAAGCCUGAACCACCCAAAUCCCGCCGUUGGCGAGGCCGUCGCCUUGCCAUGGAUGAGGAGGACCAGCAGCACUCGGUCGACACGAGCAGUGAGCGCAACGGCAACAGCAACAAUAAUUCCACAAUCCCCGAAGGCGUGGAGGUCAAUCCCACCACCUACACUGCCCCAAAUACACCCUCCCACACUGGUACUGAAAUUGACCGUCGGAACUCCACCACAACUUCCAAUCUUAUUCCCCCAGGACUCCCCGCUCACGCACGCCGUUCCGUAUCAAACCCACCUCCGGCUCUACCCCCACCUCGUCGCUCCACGACCACCACCCCAUCUUCCAGCCAACACCGCCCUUCUCCUUCGCCAGGGGCGUCGGGAUCAACUUCACCCUCUGCGCCCACCACACUUGGCAAGCAUGGCGUAAAGCCUCUCCCGCCCAAAACACGCCGCUGGGGCCGGGUCAAAACCCAUGUGGCCACGGACUCCAUCGAGAGCGGAACGAGUAGCGGUAGUCUACAAAGGGACGAUGAAGAAGCCGGCAUCAUCGCGGAGACUACUUUGCCUCCGAAUUUGACGACAGGGGAGCCAGAACCUCAGCCUGAUAUACAUGAUCAGACCAAUCCUGUGUUGUUCGAUGGUAAUAGUAGUGGCGACCGUGAUCCUUUCUCCCCCACAUCGCCCACAUCACCCACUAUCCUUGUCUCUCCUACUUCGCCGACGGCUUUUGAUCCGGUUGACGAUGGACAGGAGGGAGAGAGUAGUGAGUCUGUGGCACCUGUGAGUGUUGAAGAGGCGGUACAGAAAGUUUCUUUGCAUUAA